UUUGGUUCUAUGCUUUUAUUCAACAGUUAUAUCUAUAUAAGUUUAUCCACUGAUAUCUAUAUAUAUGAUUAACAUGUAACUUAUUUUACACAAUGUUUAUUCGGAAUAUUUAUUUUACAUGUAAUGCGCAAUUUAUUUCCAUUUGUUUGUGUGGAUUUUAUUACUACACACUAGUUUCAUCGUACAGUUUUUCGGAACAAACUAUUUUCAGACAAUUUGCAGGAGAAAAUUUAAGUCAACAAUUAAAAAAUUCUGUUGAUAAAAUUUUAAAAUUGAAUUUCUCCAAUGAGUAUAAUUUGUUUCAUUGGACUACUGUUACAGUAUUUAAAGAAAUUGUUAAUAACACACGUAUAGUGUGGUUGAUUUUUAGUGGAUCAAUUGAUAGAAUAAAUUUAAGUUCAUUGAAUCCAUUUACUGAGAAAGCGGUUGGAGUUAUUGCAUGUCAGCUAACUUAUAAUUCUGAGCAUGCAUUAUGGUUACAUCUAGAUGAAUGUUCUUUGAUUGGAGGUAAAAACAUGCCAAAUGAAGGAAAUGAACAUAUUCUAAAACAUCAUGGUAGUACUACCCUUUUGGGAAUGAGCCUUGGUAGUCUUGAGUUUGAAAAACCUAUAAGUGGAGCAGUCAUAGUAUAUUGUGAUCCUUUGUGGCAUAAUGACAAACAGAAACAUAAAAGUCAGUCUGUUGUGGAUAUCAAAUAUCAAGAACAAGCAGGUGGUAGAUGCUAUAUUCGUUUAAGACAUAAUGGUAAAUGGUUACGCCAAAGGCGAACAAAUCAAAUAGAAGACACCAUCCAGUUUUGUACUAAUGCUCAGUAUUCACAACCAUGUGGUGGAGGGUUUUCAUUCGAUUUACAACAGACACCAAUCACCGAUAAAAAUCCUCAUUAUUAUCAAAAUUACUCCAAUUAUCUCAAUGCACAAUUACCAAAUAUUCAAUUUCUUACUAGUUUAUUUUUAGCUAAUCCAGGUGAAGUGCAAGUCCUAGAUGACAUAUUAAUGAAUUUUAAAGACAUUCCUAAUAAAACUCAUUCAAAAUUUACUGUUCGUAGAAUUCUCGGUAAUCAUGUACAAUAUGGUCAACAAGUUAGAUGGACACCGUUUUCUAAGUCUUGGAAACAUUAUUUCGACUUAGAAAACAACAACACGAUUUUAGCAGGCGAUAUAUGGAUGCAUGAAAAGUUAGCUAUAGUUUCUUCAUUAGGCGAUUCAUACAAACCAGAUAUAAAAGCCUUCAACCCCAAGUCUACAGAACCAGAAGGAUGGUUGGUUUACAGUAUCAUAAAUAGCGAUCGAAACAACUCUGAAUCAUCUGGUGAUUUUACCGGCUUCGGUUUCAGCAUGGAGACGGUAAAUAUUCCCCAACACUCAAAAGGUAAGGGUGCUUCACGAACUAAUUAUGGAAUUUUAAUUGGAGCCCCAUUUGAAACUUCUUCCAAACUACAAAUACCUAAUCAUGGAAGAGUAUAUAUUGUAUGCCCAGAAAAACAUAUUACCUAUAAAACUGGUUUGUUUUUCAUAGAAGGAACUCGAAAAAAUGAGUUUUUCGGAUAUUCAAUAGUUCGUCUAGGUGAUAUUGAUGGAGAUGGAAUAGAUGAUGUGGCUAUUGGUGCUCCAGCAAUACAGUCAAAGAAUACAGAAAUGAGUGGAGAAAAUUUAAAUAUUUCACUAUAUAAUGGUCGUGUUUACAUUUAUCGAAUUACACCACAGUGUACACUAGAUCCACAGCCUCUACAGAUUAUAGAAUCUCCUCAACCAGAGAUUGGUGACGGUUUUGGAAUUGGGCUGUCAAGAGGGUUCGAUGCAGAUGGAGAUGGUUGGCCGGAAUUUGCUGUAACUUCAUUGAAAUUAAAUACAGUACCAUAUUUAUUUACAAUGCCUAAACUAUUGAAAGCACAAUGUCAAGUAAAUAUCCCACCAUUAUACUCAAUGUUACACUUCAAAAAGGGUACUACAAUACCAUUUGAAAUAAAAGUUCGCUUGUAUGAUCUACAUCUACGACAAUAUAUCAACAUUCCGGAAGGAUUGAUUUCUGCUCAAACACGUCAUCAUGAAGUAAAUCCAGAUGUACUAUGGAAUUAUUAUUUGAAUUCAAAUAGAACAAGUCAAACUUUUUCAUCUGACUUUUUAAUAAAACAAAAUGUUGAGUUAUCAACAUUCAAUAUGUUCAGUAUUCAAUUGAAAAAGUUAACGACACGUUUUCAAAUACUAGAUAACAAAAUAAACAAUAUCCACUUGGAUUCAUCACAGUCAUAUAUGAUAAUAAAAUUUUAUUUAAUAGCUAUGUAUGGAUUAGAAGAAAUGAAUUUAAAUAGUAUACCACUGAAAAUCUCAUAUAAAUCUGGAAUAAAUGUAACAGAAU